AUGUUAGAAGCAGAUCGUGGAACCCAAGGGAUGAAAUUUAGGGCCCUAUCCACUGAACAGCUCCCCUACUCACGAUCAAGCGACCGAUACCCUCGAGCAUUGACCUUCCAACCUUGUCUGAGGCAACAACAAAAAAAAACUAAUUUUUCAGAGAUUAAAAACAAGCCAGACAGGGGUACCAGCAAUUUGGAACGUCUUGUGGUGACCGGUAAAAUAGAGGAAAAAAGGCCUAGGGGUAGAGAUCCCAAACGAUGGUCGGCCAUAAAACGGAGGAACUGGGGGUACCUGUCAGCGACACACUUCACCAAGUUACAAAACGGGAUCGAUGGAGACAGCCAGUUGAUGGAAUCGGACGGAAUCACGAUCCUCUGCAGCGAGGGACCGAUCGAAGAGAGAGAGAGAUAAUAUCGUUUGGUUUUGUUAGCUAUUAGAAGAUAUUAUGUGUAUGCAGUUCUAGCCUCCUAGGAUUUCUAUUAUGAUUUCCACGAUGAAGGAAUAACGUAGUGUAAAUAAAAAUUGAAGACCAAAAAAAUA